AAACCGCUGCGCAGCAGGCAAGGUGCACGGCUGCGGAGAGCCGGUGGGCCCCUCCGGCCCGGCUUCACCACACCCACACCUCGCCCCAACCCAGAUCCGCUCGGUGACUCGGCGGAUUCCCGGGGUGGGGCGCCGGGGUGGAGCAGGACCUUAAAUAUACGGCCUCUGGGUCCUCCCCACUUCCUGCCACACUUGAACUCCGCCGCCUCCAUGCCGCCCUACACCAUCGUCUACUUCCCGACCCGAGGGCGCUGCGAGGCCCUGCGCAUGCUGCUGGCCGACCAGGACCAGAGCUGGAAGGAGGAGGUGGUCACCAAGGAGAGCUGGCUGCAGGGCCCACUCAAGGCCUCCUGCCUGUAUGGGCAGCUCCCCAAGUUCCAGGAUGGAGACCUCACCCUGUACCAGUCUAAUGCCAUCCUGCGACACCUGGGCCGCUCCUUUGGGCUCUACGGCACAGACGAGCGGGAGGCGGCACUGGUGGACAUGGUGAACGAUGGCCUGGAAGACCUCCGCAGGCGCUGCGGCCACCUCAUUCACCACAAGCGCGAGGAGGACAAAGCCCAAUAUGUUCAGGAGCUGCCGGCGCACCUGAAGCCUUUCGAGACCCUCCUGUCCCAGAAUCAGGGGGGCCAGGCCUUCAUCGUGGGCAACCAGAUCUCCUUCGCCGACUACAACCUGCUGGACCUGCUGCUCAAUCAUCAGGUGCUGGUCCCCGGCUGCCUGGACCCCUUCCCCCUACUCUCGGCCUACGUGGCCCGCCUCAGCGCCCGGCCCAAGCUCAAGGCAUUCCUGGCCUCCCCGGAGCAUGUGAACCGUCCCAUCUUUGGAAGCCGCAAAAUAUGAGCCCAGCCUCCCCUGGGAGAGGGGCUGCCCUUGAGACGAAUAAACACGGUGAGAGGAAA